AUGGUUCGCCAUUGCUUUUCACUCGUGAUCAUCACCUGCUGCUACCACGUGACUACGCUAAAUGGCUUGCAGUUGGGUCCUUUCACGCUGCCCACGCUGGGGAAUGGCGGAGCAUUCGGAUUCACCAACAACUUGCUGAACGCAUCAUUAAGUCCCUCCGCCGGACGAGGCUCUUUCGGGGUGCAAGCGCCCACAAUUGGAUCAUCGGUCAAUACGUUCGCGGCUUUGGCUAAUCGAUUCAACAAUUUAGUGCCCGGUCUCUCCAACGUUGUGCCAAUUCCAGGUGCGCCAGCUUUCGGAACCAUCGGUGUUCCAUCAGCGAAUUCGCUGGCAAAUGGAUUCAGGCAAACGACCUCCGAUUUGGCGCAAAGCUUCCUGCCUGCCAAUAGAUCUAGCGGCAACCCUGCAGCAUCAUUCUUGAACGUGGUAAAUCGUUUCCGGAAUCCGCCAGCCAACAUAUUUCCAAAUCUCUCGGUCCUCAAUCCGACGGGUUCUAUCUUGAAGUCGUUUCCAAGGAUAUCAUUGCUGCCGUCACUUCCUGGAUCGAUGACUACGAGAAACUUGAUCCCACCCGUUGCUAACGGCGGUUUAGAAUCAUUUGCACGACUUACAAAUGCGGCUGACUCGUUUCGGAAGGUGAUCAGCAACGCAACUCGCACACUUUCUUCAGAGGACUUUAGUGGCCUGUUGGGACAGAUUCCUGGUGCGCAACAGGGCAUAGAACAGUUCUCGGAAGCGGUAGCAACUGUGACCAAUCCCGAAUUUUGGUCCCAGCUUGCCACAAACGGCUUUAUCGACGACAUGUCCAGCGCACAGGCAGAGCGACUUUCGGAUGGCAUCAACAAGCUGGCCGCUGGUCUAUCCGAUGUGGUGUCCAACCUGCCCAACGUCUCCGAAGGGACGAUCGAAGAUAGUGAUCAUAAAAAUCCUCAUUUCUUUCCCGGUCGGAACGUUAUUGUGCAUCUUUUCGAAUGGAAGUUUAGCGACAUUGCUGAGGAAUGUGAGCAGGUGCUCGGGCCGGCGGGAUACGGUGGCGUACAGGUUUCACCGGUGAACGAGUACGUACGGGUGGCCAAUCGUCCUUGGUGGGAACGCUAUCAACCUGUUUCGUAUGAAAUCCGCUCCCGAUCUGGUAAUGAGAGUGAGUUUGCGGAGAUGGUUGGACGAUGCCAGCGAGCCAAGGUGCGAGUUUAUGUAGACAUCGUUGCGAAUCAUAUGGCCGGUGCUGGAGCAACUACGCCACUCUAUGGCACGGCAGGCUCACCGAGUGAUCCUGCUGAACGGCUUUAUCCCGCGGUGCCCUUCAAUAAGUCCCACUUCCACCAGGACUGCAUCAUCGAAAGCAAUCUCAAUGCCUCCCAGGUUCACAAUUGUCAGCUGGCGGGAUUACCGGACCUCAACCAAACGGAUCCAUACGUACGGGAGAAGAUCGUUGGCCUGAUGAACCGGUUAAUCGAGCACGGGGUAGCUGGCUUCCGAAUGGAUUCCGCCAAGUACAUCGCACCGGAUGAUUUGGACAGCAUCUAUAAAGAAUUAAAGCCACUGAACCCAAUGUUUGAGUUUCCACUUUUCUCCGCUCCUUUCAUCUACCAAGAUGUCGAUGAUUUUUCGGAUGAUUCGGGAACUGCCUCUCAGUACACGGAUCUCGGGCUGGUCACGGAACCCAAGUACUCGCUUUAUCUAGGAUCCAUCUUCCACGGGGCGCUGCCUGCCCCAAUCUUGCAAGCUCUGACCGCCGCGAACGCAACACAGUAUGGCUUGAUACCGAGCGAAUCGGCCCUGGCAUUCGUCGAUAGUCAUAUCAAUCAGCGCAGCCAUGGUGCCGUUAGUGAGCUGAUUCUAACAUGCAAAGAUCAACCCCAGUACGUGAACGCCGUUGCAUUCACUCUGUCGAAUGAUUAUGGCACCGUGCGAUUAAUGAGCUCAUAUCGCUUUGAAGAAGACAAUCAAGGACCUCCUGCGGAUGAGCUAGAGCAGAUUCUAUCCCCGGGCACCGCAGACGAUGGCUAUUCCUGUUUGAAUGGCUGGAUAUGUGAGCACCGUUGGCCCGUGAUCCGGCGGAUGGUUGCUUUCCGAAAUUUCGUGCAACCCGCUACCGUGCACGAUAUUCAAGCGACCAACGAAACCUUUACCUUCUGCCGUGGUAACGUAGGGUUUGCGGCAUUCAAUGUGGGAACGAUCACGCGCGAUAUUGUGGUCAGGACUUGUUUGCCGGCCGGUGAGUAUUGUGAUUUGAUAACGGGCGAAAGGCGGGACACCGUUUGCACCGGUACGAGAGUGCUCGUUAAUGAGGACAGCACGGUUAGCUUGACGCUUCCGGCCGCAUCGAGUUUGGUGCUAGAUCUUCGGAACCGAGUAAUGUAAGGGGGUGAAAACGUGCUUCCCAACACCAUUCGCGUUGCUAGCGAUACAAUAAAAGGAGUGUUUUAUUCCGAUCAAAUUUUAGUUGUCUUGAAGCAUAAUUACAAACCGAUUACAAUGUUAUAGUAG